AUGGGUUCCAUCGUCAUCCCCCAUCUCAACAGCGGCUGGCACGUCGAUCAAGCCAUCCUUUCCGAAGAAGAGCGCCUCGUCGUCAUCCGCUUCGGAAGAGACGCAGACCGCGACUGCAUGAAGCAAGACGAAGUCCUCUACCGCAUCUCGGACCGCGUCAAGAACUUUGCCUCCAUCUACGUCUGCGAUAUCGACCAGGUGCCUGAUUUCAAUCAGAUGUACGAACUCUACGACCCCUGCACAAUCAUGUUCUUUUUCAGGAAUAAACACAUGAUGGUUGAUUUCGGAACGGGUAACAACAACAAGCUCAACUGGGUGCUGGAAGACAAACAAGAACUCAUAGACAUCAUCGAGACAGUCUACCGCGGCGCCAAAAAGGGCCGCGGUCUCGUCGUCAGUCCAAAGGAUUACUCCACCAGACACCGAUACUAG